AUGGCGGCGCCCAUGUUACGAAUUCGGUCCUCUCGGAGAGGAAGAGGUCGUCACGAUAGUGGAGAUACAGAGGUGCAAUUAGAUCUAAGAAAAGGUAAGACUGGAGUCAAGCUUAGGGCCAAGGCUAGGCUAGAAGAGAUUAUUGCUGUAGCUCCAGAACUGUUUCCACAAUCCAUAGCAAAUGUUUUGGUUGCUAUUGCCAACGACGGUGAAUCUGAAAGAGAUCGAAUGCAGCGUGCUUGUCUAGCAACGUUGUGUGAGUUAGCAAUUACAAACACUGACGUAUUUGCACAAGCUGGAGGUAUUGCUACUCUUAUACGCAACAUCUUAGACUCACAGAUUGACAGGAUCAAUGAGUCUGUAAUAAUGACCAUCAUGCACCUCCUGAACUUCCCACAUACCAGGUGUCACCUUCGCUCUAGUCUGGAUGUAGAGCAAAUCUUAGCUCCUUUUACAGAUUUGAACUACAAACAUACAGGGGAGGUCUCUGAGCAACAGCCAAGUGAGGAGAGAGAAGCUAUGUUUAAAUCUAGCAGAUUAGCAAUUAUUUCAAUGCUUCGCUCAUGGCCUGGUAUGAUAAGACUUUGUAAACCAGAUUGUGGUGGUCUCCAUUCAUUGCUUAAUAUUCUCUGUAUUCCAAAUGAAGAAACUAGAAAACAUAUUAUGACAUUGAUUUUCCAUCUGUUCCAUUUACCUGUCCCGGACUGGACUGAUGAUUUCUCUUUAGCUAUUGUGUCAGCAGAUCCAUCUCAUUGGCAACCAACAUGGUCGUUAUCAGAGGGUUUUGUUGUUGAAGAAGCAAAGGUGAUACUUCCUCACUUGGCAUCUUCUAGGACAAACCUUGUAGAAAAUCACCAAGCAUUGUUGAUGUCUGCUUUCAUCAAUGUUGGGUUACUAGAGAGUCUUGUAGAGGUCAUCACAUCUGGUAGUGAUCAUCUCGCCACCAUGGCAACAGUGCUUUUGGGGGAAUUGCUUCAAAUGAUGUCCUUAGCAGCAGCUUUCCAUAUUUCACCUCUGCAAAGAAACCGUGCCAAUGCAGCUGUUAAUCAUCUAAACACUCUCCAUGAAGUGAAGAAACGAGGAAACGUUGCCAGCAGCCUGUUUCUAGAUCACAUUCUGUCACAUCAGAGGGACACGCUAGCUGACAGAAAGGUGGAAAAAUCAGCUAAGGAAGAUUUAAAACAAUUUCUUAACAAGGAUUCAGAAGAUGGUUUGGUUCAGUCUAUUAAAAAUACCAAAGUCUUGACAGAUGAAUACUCAAAGUGGAAUUGGGACUUAUUGAGCACUAUAUUUAAGUGGUCAAGUGUGGUUCUUAAAAAAUCCGAAGAUCCAAAUAUUGUUAAAUUCCUUAGAAAUAUUGCCUGUUUCUACAAGCCCCAAACUAACCUUUUCUGUCGGAUACCUUUAGACAAAUUAAAGACGAGAAGUCAUGAGUUACAACGUUAUACAAUUGUUGGAAUUCAAUUUUUUGAGUUUCUUACUAGCUGUGAAGAGGAGUAUCAGCGUAUUCUAUCAGAACUUGUGGAGGACAUUGUAGAAUGUCUUGAAGAGGUGCUUGUAUCUCCUGCGAACAAUCUUUCUGCGCAGGCAGUAUUCAGUACACACAAUCUUCACACCACAUUGAGCCAGGAUUAUUUGCUGUUUCUUGGAAAGCUUUCUAGCAGUUUAACAGGAGAGAAACUUCUUGAAAAGCAUGGUGCAUUCCAGUGCUUUUUAGAUUUGAGUUCGUUGUCAAAUCAUGACAGUUUGUUACGUUUAAUCAUCACAUGUUUGGACUACCGAAGGGACGGAUUAGCCAGAGUCAUCUUAACCAAGAUGCUUACAUCCUCUGUACAUGCUGUGAAAUUAUACACCACAAAUCACUUGCGUGUACUACUGCGUGCCAGAAUCCCAUACUUCCACAACUGGGGAAUGGAGUUACUGGUGAUGCAACUGUAUGAUAAGAACAAAGCAAUAGCUAUUGAAUCAGUGGAUAUCAUUGAUGAAGCCUGUGAAGAUGAGGCUAAUUUACAUAGUCUUAUUCAAAUAAGACCGACUGUGCUUCACAUGGGGGAUAGAGGAACCAUUUUAUUAACAAGGAUCAUUUGAGUGAAUUUUGUCGCAUAAUCCAUUACCCAGACCUGUUGACUUGUGAUGGAGUUUUGAAUUUGAAAGCCUCCCUUUGGGCUCUGGGUCAUAUUGGAAGUAGUAAUUGGGGAUUGAAAUUACUAGAGAAAGAGGAGAUCAUUCCAGAUGUCAUACGACUUGCUGAAGAAUGUAGUGUAUUUUCAGUCAGGGGAACCUGUUUUAAUGUACUUGGCCUGCUUGCCAAGACAAAACAGGGUUCAGAUAUUCUCAGCACGUUAGGAUGGGAGAGUAUUAGACACAGUAGAAGAGACCGUUGGCCUGUGGUUGAAGUACAAGAUGGUAUCUUUAAUGAAAAGGGACAUCUUUGUGAAAGUACAUCAGUCUCAAGUUUUGAUAGUGUUAGUACAAGAACUGACAGUCCUUCACCUUUUCUAUUGGAUGAAUCAAGUCCUAAUCCAGAACUUCAGAGCCUGUUUUUUGAUGGGGGUGAAAGUCCAAGUACUGCUGAAAAUCCAAAGUCCACAUUUUUUUUGAGCAUUGAUGAUAGAGGAGAACAUAAACUAGCUACUGGGGCUCAAAAAACCCCACAUGUUGAAUCUUCAGUUAAGUACAAAAACAAAGAUAAGAUUGGUUUUCCACUGUAUCAAGCAGCUGAUACUGAUGGCUAUAGUAAAUCUAAUUCGGGAAUUCGGAGAGAAAUUGCAGCAAAUCAAGAUAGACGUAUUCCAAGGACUAAUGACUUGAGACGAGUAAAGACUAUGCCAUCAAUGGAUGCAAACAAUGAUGUAUUAUUGAAGAGCCCAUUACAAAAGAUAAGAAGUAAUAGUGAUAGCAAAGCUAGAUCAAAAAACCUAAUAACAAUGGUGCAUUCCUCACACAUUGCACAGUCCAAGAGUAGGAUGCAAACUGAGUCCCCACAUCCCUCUCAACCUGUUGUCAGGGAUCGUAGUCACAGUUUGAAAUUUAGAAGUAACAGUAAUGAGAGUUCUGGGCGUGGCAGUGCUUGUUCAAAGAGCAGGAGCGAAAGCUUCACCACUGACACUACACAAACUAGUGGGAUCAGCUCUAUGAUUUCACAUGCAUCUAGUCCUCAUAAUGAUUCAUCAAUGACAAGUCUUAGUACUGUUAUUAGUGGUCAGACUGUUAAAACCGUUCACUCUUCUGAUGCAACAAGAAGGCAGUACAACUUGCAUAGAACCCCAAGUUUUACACAACGUGUUUCCAGGACUCUUCCAAGAAGCUUUGGAAAGAAUUCAGAAGGAACAUUUGAAACAAAUGCAGUAUUUACGAGUCGACGAGAUGCAAAUGGAUAUGCUGCGUUGAGAGCUCUUCAGUUACACAGAAGAUUGUCAGUAGAUGAAUGUGGCCAUAAGAGUUCCUUUGAAGAUGAGGAAUUUUCUCAUUCAAAAUUCCCUACAAGCAAGAGCUCAGGAUCAUUGACUGGCUAUAGUAGUAUGCCUUGUCUGCCAUCCCCCAUGUCAAAUCAAGGCCUUACAUCUGCUGUUGGAGGCUACAUGGGGCUUUGUUUACCUGUCGAUGUUCAUCUAAUUUUCCAUGAUGAUGAAUCUUUGUAUCGCCAGCAUUCAUGUAAAUUAUCAGAUAACUGCCAAUCACAGCUUCAAGUAGCCUGCGUUGAUAAUGUGCGUUUUUCAAAGCACAAAAACCUUAGUACCUCAUUCCAAACAUUGUUGCCAACGUCGCCUCAAGGAUCAAGUUUGUCAGAAUCUUACGAAAACCAAUCCGUUGGGCAUGUGACAAGAAACACUCUAAGAGGCAGAUAUAGCACAUACACAGAAGACGAUAUGCAUCAGAAAGAAUUCUGUUUCCUUUGUUCUAAUGGCAUUCAAGAUGAAAUUGAAAAUGAAUAUGGAAGGUUGCGUUCUGUUAGCGAAUGUGAAGCAACUGAAAUAAAACAAGAUAACCUUCAAGUUGAAAGUUUAUGUGAAAAUGGAGAAUUCUCAAUUAGUCCAUCCAGCGAGACCAGCAACUUUUCUCGACUUAGCUUAUCAAGAUACAUAUCAUACCAUUCAAGACAUGGACGUGAACUUUUACGCAAAGAACUCAUGCAGUUUGUUAGUAAUAUGUGCAGCUCUGUGAGAAGGAAAGCCCAAGAACAGGGUCUAUUAAAUUUAAAAGAGAAGUUUCCACAUAUUUUUGAAGACAUAUGUCUGUAUUCUGAUGUGUGUCACACACUUGCAACUCAUACUUUCCGCCUCUCAGCCAGAAGGUUUAUUCAAGAGUUAUUCCAGGAAGUUAAGUUUGAUGCAAUUUUGGACCAACCACAUGCAAUUCUUUUUAACGACGAUAAUGGGCAACAGUUAGACAGGUUGAAAGUAGGUAUUGAAGUAAUAGUUGGUGAUGCAUCAUGCUGACUUGCUACAUCAUAUCAAGGAAGUACAGUAACUAUUUACUAGCAGCAUUAUAUUGAUUGCUACAUCUAAUUAAUUUGCUUCAUCCUGUGAUGCAUCAAGAUGACUUGCUACAUUUUGAUAUCUUGCUACAUCAUGUUGACUUGCUGGUGAUUUCAUCAAGAUAACUUGCUACAUCUGGUUAUUUUGUGAAAUAAGUUUAUCUUGCUACAUAAUGUUGACCUACUGGUGAAUACAUCAAGUGGACUUUUUGUAUAUCUUGCUACAUAUGGUUGUCUUGCUAUAUUAUGUUGACUUGCUACAUCUGGUUAUUUUGCUACAUCAAUUGUAAUUCCUAAAUCUUUUGAGAUUCUAAAUUUUGUAUGUCAUGGCUUGCUACAUUCUUUUGACAUGCUACUUUCUGCUGACUUGCUCACAAUACAGAUAAACUAUAUUUAAAAUUAUUAUCUAUUAUUAUUUACACCAUUACCAUGUUCAUUAUUAUUAUAUUAUUUUUCUUAUAAAACUCUAAUUCAUAAUUGUUUGUCACAAAUAAUUAAACAUUACUGUUUAAGAUAAAGCAGUCUGACAUUCUACAUAAUGUUAAAAUCCUAGAAAACUGAUAAAAUAUUUGAAAUCAUAAAUUCUCAAUUUCAAAAACAUUCCUGGCAGUUGUUAUUAAUAUGAAGCUUUGUACAUACUAUGUAUUUCUGGUAUGUAUGUAUAUAUAACGCUAAUGAAACUGAUUUUUUAUUUAUAUCUUGUUUGAUAAUAUAAAAUGCCCUUUAAAUGACUAAUCAAAAACUAACUCAAGUGCUUACUUCACAAAAUGUCACAGAACACUGGCAUCAUUAUUAAACUUUCUUUGUACAUUUUUAAUUGUUGUCUCAUUUAAUUUUAUUCAGGAAUUAAAAUCACAUAUAACUUGAAUAUAAAACAAAAGCAAAGAACAGAUAAAUAAUUAAGAACAACAGAUAACACAUUAAUUUCUCGGGUAACCCAAAAAAGUUUUAAAAUAUACUCAUUACACUCAUACACAAUCAACAAAUCAGUAGUAAGUGUUAGAGCAACUGCUUCAGAACACAUGAUCUUACUGUUAACAAAUAGUAUUGAAAUGUUGUAUAAAUUAAAUUUUCUCACUCGACAAUUUCUUCAUUUGGAAAUCAAUAAAGUUAUCCUAAUUUUGAUUCUGAUCAUCUUCAGUUCAAAAAUUAGUACCUGGAAAAUGAAUAAGUACAUCUGCUUUCUGAUGGCAGUUAAAUAUAUUUGCCAUUAAGUUGUCAUAUUAUUUCAAUUCUGACUCUUUGCAACACCAACAUGUUAAGUGUUUAGAAUUUUGGUUAAGUACUGUAAAUUGAAUGUUCAUAUUUCAAUGUCAAUAUCAGCAUCAUGGUACAGUUCAAAACAAAUAUUGUAUUUUUAGAAGUCUGUAGAAAAUAUAGAGCUACAUUCCACUUGGCCUCUCCAGGUUUUCUUCAAUCUUUCAUAAACAACAUAAAUAUCCUUUUAAUGUUGUGGCAAUUGUUGUUUAAUGUGUACAUAGUUAUCUUGAAUCUACAAACCAUUAUAGCUGUUUGUUUGAAACAAUUCUCAUUCAGUUAUGUUUGUACAGUAACUAUAUAUUAAAUAAGAAUAUUAUAAAUUAUUUGUUAAAACCUGAUCAACCAUUGGUAAGUGUAAUAGAAAAGUUUCUAUUAGAAAAUAAUAGUUUUGAGUACAUUAUAUUUUUAACCAUAUUUAUAGAGGGAGACCUUUCCAGCUUUUCCUAGGUUGGCUGAUAUUAAAAUUAAUGUAAUGCUUUAUAAACUGUCUCAUUAUGAGGUUCAGAGAUUGGUGACUUUGAUUGUGAGAAAAAUACUGUACAAUGACUCUGGGAUUAAAAGUCAAGAACCACCAAGCUACAGCCCCAUAUUUUAAAUAAAAUUUCUUCCUAAAAAUUGGUGUAAAUCUAUAGAUAUUAAUAUGUAUAUUAACUUGUACAUAAAAAUACACUAGUGCUGUUUAUGUAUACAAAUAUAUGAUCUUUAACUAUCUGUGUUGUUGUACAUGACAGUUUUACAUUAAUUUUAACAUAGCCAACAUUGGUAUAAUUAUUUCUUUUGGUUUAUCAAUUUGACAAGAUGAGAUGAGACCUUUAAUAGAUUAACUACAACUCAUAUUUUUUAAUGCAUUUGCUUCCCAUGGGAAUAACCAUUCACCAUUUUCUAAGUCCAGAAAGUAAAAUUAUAUGGGAAUGUAAUUAAAUUGAUAGUUUUGUUAUUAAAAGUGGUAUUGAGGGCAUGCUAAAUGUGGUGUUGAUGGUCAUGCUAAUGGUGGUGUUGAUGGUCAUGCUAGCAGUGAUGUUGAUGGUCAUGCUAAAUGUGGUGUUGAUGGUCAUGCUAAUGGUGGUGCUGAUGGUCAUGCUAACAGUGAUGUUGAUGGUCAUGCUAGUGGUGAUGUUGAUGGGCAUGCUAGUGGCGAUGUUGAUGGGCAUACUAGUGGUGAUGUUGAUGGUCAUAUGAAAGGUAAUGAUGGUUAUUCUAAUGGGUCUGAGGCCUCUUGGCCUGCCCGAUGGUGGUGCCACCACUGCCUGGUUUGUAUAUCAUGUGUUGGCCUGGGCUGUGCUCAAUAAGAUAACCAUAUAUUUAUUAUCUGGCAUGUAAGUAUAAACCAUAGUUUGAUCUAAAUGUCACCAUAGAUUACCCUUUGUUGUCCACUGGUUUGUACUUUAUUAGAUGACCACAUAUUUGUGACGGAUGUAUACCAUAGUUUGGUUUACACUUGCACAGAUAGACUGACAUCUGUAUUUGCCUGGUUUGUGUACUAUAUAUUUGCCUGUUUGCACACCACCUUUUAAAUUCAUGACUUGUGAUCCUUAAUUUGAUGUGUGCUGUGAACAGAUAUGUUAAAUCUUUAAAAAAAAAAUGGGUAUAAUGCAAUUCAGUUUAAUAAUUUAUUUUUUUAAGCAAGAUUAUUACAAUCAAAUCUAUGAUCCCAGUGUGUCAAAAUUGUUUUUAUUAUUUAAGUAAUGUAUAUUUUAUAUAUAUACAGUAUAUGCAUUAGUAGGCAAAUUUAAUCAUCAAUAUUGUAGUAAUGUAAGUAAUACAGAGUAUAUGGAUGACUGAGGGAAUGUACUUUGUAGCCUAAUCUGUGAAAUAUCAAUUUUGUUAUUGGUGCUGUGAAAAAACUCAAUUAGAGACAGCACUACAGUAAAUUCAAACAUUUUAGUUUAACAUUUUUAAAAUACUAUACUGUACAAGAAAAUAGUAAAUUUGAAGUUUUUGUAGGAAAAGCUUAAUUUACUUGUUUCCAUUUUAUUUAUUGCUCUAUUGUAGUCUUUAUUGUGGAAGAUGGAAUGAUUAAGUUUAAUUAUAGUAAAUAUUGAGAGAUAA